AUGGCUGAGACAACGAGGGAUGAAUAUCGGACCGAGGAAGACAACCGGAAAGGAGGUAGGAAUGUGAUUCUACUGGAAGAGGCAGACAUAUCAGAAGGUAUUAACGCUUGCUCCAAUAGUCUCUAUGGCAGACUCUUUGCUUCCAAAAUCUUCUCAAUUGGAACCAUGGGGAAUGCCUUAAAGACUAUAUGGGGAAACCCGGAAGGAUUUAGAGUGAGUGAUAAAGGGGAUAAUUCCUUCCAAUUCUUUUUUAAUAAAGAAGUGGAUGUCUUGCGUGUUGAACGUGGUCCUCCAUGGCUAUUCAAAGAUUAUGUGCUCCAUGUCAAGAGAUGGAAGAAAGAUCAGAACUGUGAUGAAGAGAUUAUUUCCAAUUUUCCAGUUUGGGUUCAAUUUUGGGGUUUGCCAGAAUCGUUUAAAACCCUCGAAGUUGGACGUAAAUUAGGAGAAAAAUUGGGCACAGUGUUGGAGGUAGGUAAAUUUCAGAUGCGAGGCAGAGAAACUAGGAUUGUGAAGACCAAAAUCAAUAUUGAUGCUGCCAGGCAAGUGAAAGAUCAGUUAAUAGUGGCAGGACCUAAUAAAAAGCAGGUAGAAGUGGCACUGCGCUAUGAGAGACUUGGAAAGUUCUGUACCUAUUGUGCAAAAUUAGGGCACGAGGUGAAAAAUUGUCAUGAUCUGCUGAAGGACACAGAGAGUGAUAUCGUAAUAGAGGAUGACAUUGGCGAAUGGGUUAAAGCCAGCCAAGUGGGAACGCGAAUCUACUCUGAAGGAGAAAGAGCAUUCAACAACUCAACCCAAAACCAGAAUAAGGCCACUCAACGUAAGAAAAAACCGGUCUUAAACUGCUUAUUGGAAGAAUUUGUAGGGAUGUCAAUGCAAGAAGGGAAACAAAGUUUGAAACCACAAGACACUGGUAAUAGGGCAGCACCUGAGUCACCUCAAUCAGCCAAUUCUAGAACAGAAUGCAUGGAGGUUAUCAUAGCUGGUCAGUCCAAUACCAAGGAGGAUGAAGGGCAGCUUAUGCAAUUCGCUAUUGGGCAGUGUCUCACCACAGAGAAAGGUAGAAAGUGGAAAAGGCUAGCAAGACAAGGUGCUGCAGAGUCAGAUACUAAAAGUGAACCCGAAAAAAGGUUGAUGAGUGGUAUAGCUAAAGGAUCUACAAAGAAAGCAAGAAUAGAGGAUGAAAAUGCAGUUGAAGAGAUGGUGGAGGGUGCCAGCCUACAAAUGGCACCCAAGGUGGAAGCAAAACUUCGGGUAUGCAGCUACGAAAACUGGCAUAUUGUUAACCCAGCAGGAGUGGCAGGAGGACUUGUGCUAGCUUGGAAGGACAGCAUCAGUGUUCAAAUUAUUAGUAGUGGAGAAUUCUUUGUGGCAGCCGAAAUUAAGGAAGUCGGAAGCAGCGACUUUAAUGCUAUAAAAGGCCAAGCGGAAAAGGAGGGUGGAGGCCAAAAAUCAGCAACCACCAUUGCAAUAUUCACUAAUUUUAUUGACAGUAACGAAUUAGUGGAUAUUGGAAUGGUGGGGCACCCAUUCACGUGGACAAAUCAAAGACAAGGAGAGGAUUUGGUGAAGGAGAGGCUUGACCGCUAUUUAGUUGGGAUGGAAUGGAAGUUGAAGUUUCUGAAUGCAGUGGUGCACAGGCUCACAGAGUCAGGCUCGGAUCAUGCUCCACUUUUGAUGGAAACCGAACCUCAAUCCUGGCAUAGUAAAAGGCGGUUUAAAUACCAGAAACGUUGGUGUGGAGAGGAGGAUGUCAAGAGAAUUGUCAGUGAAGUGUGGAGAAUGGAAGUUGUAGGCUCAGCUAUGUUCUCCUUGGCCCAAAAGUUGAAAGUCUGUAGACAUAGACUAGUUCAAUGGCAGAAAACUCACAAAGCAAACUCUCGAAAAGAAAUUGAGGACCUUCAAGCUAAACUAGAGGAGUUGCGGGUGGCUGGAAUCAAUGGGGGAGAGGAGGUUACCAGUUUGGAGAAGAAGUUGGAGCUGGCAUAUUUGAAAGAAGAGAGCUAUUGGCGAGAAAAAUCUAGAGUCAAGUGGCUAAAAGAAGGAGAUCAGAACACUAGAUUCUUUCACCAGAAAUUUCAAUCAAGGAUGCGAAGGAACAGAAUUUGGAGAUUAGUAGGGAGGGACAAUGAGAUUGCAUCGAAACCGGAGGAUAUUGCAAAGAUAGCUGAAGACUAA